UCCAAAGACAUGAGAUCUGUCAAAGUCAUGAGAAAAAACCCUAACACGUUGUCUUCCGCUGAUCUUCUUCCUUUUGAUCUGAUUUUAGAAAUACUAACUAGGUUACCGGUGAAGUCCCUUCUCCAAUUCCGAUGCGUCUCUAAAUCUUGGAAUUUACUAAUCUCUGAUCCAAAAUUUGCUAGAAAGCACCUUAACCUGUCAACCACGCCCCGCCGCGUCCUCCGUUUAAGCUACGACACUCCCUCGUACAGGUAUAUUCUAAAUUCUUACUCACUCCAAUCCAUUUUCACGGACGCGGACGCUAACUUCACUCAAUUUGAAUAUCCACUUUUAAAGCGCUCUUCCAUAUAUUACGCUGUUGGCUCUUGUGACGGAAUCCUUUGUUUUGCCAAUCAUCCUACUUUCACCGAUUAUAAACCUUUUGUUGUACUUUGGAAUCCAUCUAUUGCAAAAUUUAAGGAAUUGCCCCCUUUUGAAAACCUCUCGCUGCUCAAAGGGCUCAAUUGGGUUCGUACGUCAUAUGGAUUCGGCUAUGAUCAUGUUUCUCAUGAUUACAAAGUGGUUGUUAUUUACAACCCCACUAAUAGUAAUGGUGUUACUGAAGGCACAACUCAAGCAAAGGUUUAUACUUUGAAUACUGAUUCUUCUUGGAGAACCAUUCAACCUUUCCCUUUCGGUAUUAACUCUAAUUAUACACUAGGAAGAUAUGUAUGCGGUUCAAUGAAUUGGAUGUCCUAUAAUCAACUCACCCAUCGACGCUGUAUUGUUUCUUUGGAUUUAGGCGACGAGUCUUAUCAAAUCAUUUUGCCGCCUACUGACCUGAAAGAUUAUUUGAGAUUGUCUGUCUUGAGGGAUUGCUUGUGCAUAAUCUCUGAUCACGAUGUUUGGCUCAUGGAGGAAUAUGGAAUUCAAGACUCUUGGACUAAAUUGUUCAACGUUACUCACUUGAACUUUUGUGAAGACACAAUCACUAACCUUUGCAUCAGGUUUGGUUGAAGCUGUUCAUACUGGUGCGGCUUUGCGUUGCUGGCCAUCUCCCUCCAAUACUGUAAGUUACAAAUCUUUGCAUGGCAUAUUUAAUCACUUGAUGUACCGGUUUGCAAAAAUGACACUUUGAAUGGUGUGAUUGAAGUCCUCUUUAUUUCACUUGGCAACUAUCAGCUUGAGAUACAAACGAAAAAAGCUAGCAACUGCAUCAUUUUAUAGCGCUUUGUCAUUUGCAAGUUGCUUUAAUUCUUGCAUACACUUUUUUGUUUAUUGUUUAGACACGAGAGCCUAAAGGCUACUCAUCUUUCUGGCCAUCUUUGAACUUGGUUCGACAUAAUUUCAUUUUUUAAUGAUAAAUGCAAAAAGUGUUAAAUUGGACAUGUUUAUGGAAAUGUGUGACGUGUUUUAGCAGUUGCAUUCCGAUGACGAGAUUGACACAGCAGGAAACUAAGGGAGAGGUUGAUGGACCAUGGAGAUAUUGUUCAAUUUUCAAGCUGACAAAGUUGCUUAGUCGGUUAUAAUCUUAGCUAUUGAAUAUUGAUUUCUCAUUUCUUUUAUAUGCCUAAGUUGACGUCUUUAAUUUAGGAUUAUAAUUGUGUAUGCAGUAAACAUUUAUAAUUCAAGUGGAAUAGGCGGAUGGCUGCAUUGAUGUUAUUUCUAUUUUAUUAAUGAUUAUAACAGACUAAGUAA